AUGGCGAUCGAGGCCGCGAAGCAGGUUGCAGACCCCAGCCGACAGAUUUCUGGGUACCGGGUUCAAGACGCCGUCUUCCUGGCGCCCAUCCCGGUUGAGGAAGACAGAUCAGAGGUGCAGCUGCAUAUGCGGCCGGACCAUGCCCACCCGGUUGACAAGUCAACGACUUCGUUCGAGUUCCGAGUCUAUUCCAUGAGCAAUUCUGGGUGGUUCGAAAACUGCCACGGAUUUGUCCAAGUGGUGUACGAGAACGACCGCAAUGGUGACCAGGAUGUUCGUCAUCGCGAGAACAGUUUCUUCCGAAAAAGAUUCGACGAAGCGCGGAAACAAUGCGUUCAUCCUGUGCCGAAGAAGCAGAUGUAUGAGAACUUCAUCAGUAACGGGCUCAUGUACGGCCCUUCUUUCCAAGGCAUGGACAACUUGUACUGGGAUGGCGGGGACAUUGCUGUUGGCGACGUUCGAUGCUUCAGAUGGACAGAAGAGCAGUCACAAAACGCCCGUCAAGCUCACGUAGCGCAUCCUACAACACUAGACGCGGCGGGCCAACUUUCCUGGGUUGUGCUGACGGAGGGCGCGACGAAGACCCUGGUCAAUGGAUUUGCGGCUACGCGUAUUGGAUCAAUGUGGUUGGCGAACUCGGGAUUUUCUUAUCCAGAGACCGACCACAUCCGAGUCUGGACCAAAUCCGUCUUCAAGGGGUUACGCGGCACGGACUGUUCUCUAUUCGCCCUGAACGAGUCUGGCGAAUUAGUCAUGGAAAUCUCGCAUUUUGAGACUACGACCGUUGGCGGGAGUGACACAGCUACGGAGGCGGAGCCCCCACGAGAGAUAUGUUACGACAUGGUGUAUAGACCAGACGUGUCUUUAAUGGACACUAAGCAGCUGUCAUGGGCUACAACACUUGAUGCCACUGUUCACGACGACAUGGAGCUCCGAGCGGCACGCUUCUAUCAGGAUCUAGAGUCCACACUCUUUUACCUGGCAAAAAAGACUAGGGACGCAACAAGGUCUCUCGAAUCGUCACAGAUUUCGAUGGAGCCACACAUCGCGCGAUAUGUGAGCUGGCUUGACCGCCAGGUCAGUAGAUAUGAGGACGGUGACCUCAAGGACAGGGGACAAAGCUGGGCCCACAACAUCAACGACAGCAGUGACAUGGACGCUCUGAUGGAUGACCUGGAGGCAACGAACAACAAAGGCCAGCUCUUUAUGCGGGUGGGGCGUGAGCUCGUUAAUAUUGUCCACGGCGUUCAGGAUCCCUUGGCCUUGAUCUUUGAGAGUGGGCUGGCCGAGCGUUACUACCAGGAACAAUGUGACGAGAUGCUGUGCUCCAAACAACUCAGCAAAUACCUCGCCCUUCUCUCUCACAAGAACCCGCACAUGUCUGUUCUUGAGGUCGGCGCUGGCACUGGCUCGAUGACGAACUGUGUAAUCGAAGGCCUCGGGCGUCGCUUCGGUCAAUAUGUCUAUACGGACAUUUCUGAGGCGUGCUUUGAAGCCGCCAAAGCAAGGUUCUCCACAUUCGAGUCCAAAGUGGCCUUCCGGCUCCUCGAUUUUGAAAGGGACGCAGUUGAGCAAGGCUACGAAGCAGAAAGUUACGAUUUGGUGGUGGCUGCCUGGGCGCUCCAUACCACUCGCGACCUGGCAUCGACGAUCCAGCAUGUGCGAAGGCUUCUGAAACCCCAUGGAAAACUCAUACUGGUAGAGUUUACCGAGCCUGAGAUCCUACGAAACAGUUUCAUCUUCGGCACGCUUCCGGGGUGGUGGGCUGGGCUCGAGCCCGACCGGCAAUGGGGCCCAUGUGUCCCGGUGCCCAGGUGGUCGGAGCUUCUUCUCGCCAACGGGUUUGAAAGUGUUGAUCUUGUGCUUCAUGAUCACUCAGAGCACAUUUCUCGCGAGACCGACAUAAUUGUUGCCACCCGCGAUGGUUCAGAAUGCUUGCCGGACGCUGCGCCGAGGAGGGGACCGGUCACGCUUCUUCUGGGCCGCGAUCACCAGCCACAGACGGCUGUGGCCGAGGGCCUUCGCCGUACUCUUGAGAAGCAGGGGGGAGUUUCCUGUCAAAUUGAGACCCAUAUCGACAAACCAUUGGCGCCAAACUCGACGUUGGUUUUCCUUGCUGAACUAUACGAGCUUUACCUCUCAGCACUGGAUGAGGAAUCUUUUGGAAGACUCAAAGAUCUCCUCGGCACUGCUAAGGUAGUAAUUUGGCUCUCUCACUCCUGCAGGAGCAGUGCCUCGUUCCCUGAUACUGAGAUGGUCAAGGGUCUUGCGCGGGUACUCUCCACGGAGAAUCCCAGCCUGAGAUUCGUGACUCUGAAAUUUGAGAGCUCCCCUCUGGAAGUGGAUACCUGCGUGCGGCUGGCCACCGAAGUAAUCACGACUGUACUGAGGGACGCAUCGUCUGAGACUUGCGAGUUGGAGUACGUCGAGAGGGAAGGGGCCCUUAUGAUCAACCGAGUAUACCCAUCGGACCAGUUGAACAGGGAGGUCCACACAAAGACCCGCACACUGUUGACGGACCGCAAGAUCGAGGAAAGCCCGCCCCUGGCUCUGAAGGUGCCAAACCCGGGUCUCCUUGAUUCACUGCGUUGGGAGGCUGACUCACUCGGAGCCCGGCCCGAGAAUAUCGGAGAUGACGAGCUCGAAAUCGAGGUGCAAGCCAUCGGUGUCAAUUUCCGCGACCUGCUGGUCGUAUUGGGCAAGUUCAACGCCAGCACGGUGGGCUGCGAGUGCGCAGGCGUCGUGACAAGAGUGGGCGCCCGCUCUGCCACCCGGUUCCAACCAGGCGACCGCGUGUGUGCAGGCGUACUGGGCUGUGCUCGCACGCUCGUGCGCUGCCAUAUGGAUCUUGCGGUCAAGGUGCCCCCAUACCUCUCAGUCGAGGAAGCGGCCGCCUUGCCAAUCACUGGAGUCACGGCCUACUAUUCCCUGGUAACGCUGGCAAACCUUCAGAAAGAGGACUCCAUCCUUAUCCACAGUGCUACUGGCGGUACCGGCCAGAUGGCCUUGCAGCUCGCACAGUCCAUCGGCGCCCAGGUCUUCGUGACCGUCGGCACGGAGGAGAAGCGAAAGCUUGUGAGGGAUUCGUUUGGGGUCCCUGAGGAGAACAUACUCUACAGCCGUGAUACGUCGUUUGCUAAGGAACUCCUCCGCAGAACCGACGGCCGGGGUGUGGAUGUUGUGCUGAACUCGCUAGCUGGCGGGGCUUUGCUUGCAUCCUGGGAGUGCGUGGCCCCCUUCGGCCGGUUCAUCGAGCUCGGAAAGGCCGACAUCCAGGCGAACUCAAACCUCCCCAUGUCGCGCUUCUUUGGUGAGAUCUCUUUCCAUGCUGUUGCUGUGGACUACAUCGCGGAGAACAGGCCGGCGCUUUUUCAGAAACAGCUGCAGGCUGUCAUGAAGUUGCUUGAUGACAAAGUCUUGAAGGUGGCGUCGCCAUCAAAUCUCUAUUCUGUGACGCAGAUCGAGAGUGCGUUCAGGAACAUGCAGUCUGGCAAGAACACUGGCAAGAUGGUAUUGACUCUGAGGCCCUCGGAUGUUGUUCCGACAUGGCUGCCACCUUCAUACUCGUGUCACUUGGACCCUACUGUCUCUUACUUGAUCGCUGGCGGUCUCGGAGGUCUUGGUCGUAGCACCGCGCGAUGGAUGGCUCAGCGAGGUGCGCGACACCUAAUCUUACUUUCUAGGUCUGGACCAAAAUCAAAGACGGCGCAGGAGUUGGUGAAGGAAUUAGAACAGGCAGGCGUCACCGUGAGAACGCCUCAGUGUGACGUGUCCAACAGCAGUGCUCUUAUCGCAGCUCUCGAUCAGUGCAAAGACAUGCCUCCUAUCAAAGGCUGUCUCCAAGCCACUAUGGUUCUGCAGGAUACGUUAUUCGAGAAAAUGACCUGGGACCAGUGGUCAAAGUCUAUCCAGUCAAAGGUCCCAAGCACAUGGAACCUCCACUCACAUCUCCCGCGGGACUUAGACUUCUUCAUCAUGCUGUCUUCGGCGGCCGGAAUCGUCGGGUCCAUGGGGCAGUCGAACUACGCAGCCGGGAACACCUACCAGGACGGCCUGGCAGCCCACAGGCUGGCCCUCGGCGAGGCGGCCCUGUCCAUAGACCUCGGGUGGAUGGGCGACGUGGGCAUCGUGGCCGAGAACGAGGAGCUGGCCCGGGGCAAGGGGGCGAUCGCCGACCUGGCUCCCGUGUUCGAGGCCGAGUUCCUCGCGCUCCUGGACCGCUACUGCGACAGGGACAUCCCGCAGCCACCAGAGCUCUCACAACUAGUCAUCGGCCUGGUGACGCCGGCGCAGUUCAAGAGAAAGGGCGCGGAGCCCCCGGACUGGCUCGUCGAGCGCCCGAUCUUCAAGGGCCUGCCGAGGGAUUCCAACGGGGACGGCAACGACGGCGCCCCGGCCGGCUCAGGCAGGUCGGAUCGCAACUGGGCCGAGGAGCUCGGCCGCGCGGCCUCGGCCACCGAGGCCGCCGCCGUCGUCGUCGAGGCGCUGAGGCGCAAGCUUGCCAAGGCCACCUCCAUCCCCCAGGACGAGAUCGACACGAAGCAGCCGCUUCACGUGUACGGCGUGGACUCCCUGCUGGCGGUGGAGAUCCGCAACUGGUUUGCAAAGACCUUGAAGACAGAUGUGGCUAUUUUCGACAUCACAGGACAGGGGAGCCUGGAGGAAGUGGCAGAGCGUGCUGCCGCUCAAAGUAGCCUGGUGACCAACAUUGAGGGAGUACUUUAG